UCGGCCGUUGCUCUCCAAGAUGGCGACUUCCAAUGCGCCGUUGACCACAUCCUAGCUGAUGGUAUGUUGACAUCGCUGCCUCUGGAGCGUUUAACCCGCGAGAAGGCUUAUCACAGAGAGCACAGUGCGGUUAAGAAGUCAGUCGCUGAACACGGAAGCGGUUCCUCCAUGAUUUCAUCGCGCGAGGAGCCGGUGGUCUGACGAGGGGAAGGGGGGUUGUGCUAUCCGAGUAUGGCCACCGACAACAGGAUCAAUUUCUGGAGGAGAAACGCAAAGGUUCCCGGAAGUGUGCGGCCAGUGUAUGGAGCACAGCAUCCGCCUCUCGAUCCACGUUUGCGACGCACAUAUCCUAAAGACACAAAGUCCAACUUCAACAAUCUCAAGUCUAAAAAAGCCUCUAGCUUCCACGAGUUUGCCCGCAGCACCAAUGACGCUUGGGACAUUGAUGAUGAGGAGGAUGAGGAAUUCCGUGAGACUCCCAUCCAAACUUCGUCUGCGACCUCGGGAUUGGAUUCUACAGCAUCUCUGCACAGCCAACAGCUGCAGCAUCAGCAGGACAACACAGGAAGCGUGUUGUCACGCCGACUGGCAUCACGCAGGACAGACGCUCAGGACCUCCAGGAGGAGGAGGAUGCCGGAGGUGACCAGGCCAAUGGCAAAGUGGUGAAGUCUAAUAGUGAUGCACACCUCAGCUCAUCCUCAGUGCGGUCCUCGCUACAUAAGCAGCAGUCUCUCCCAGUUCGGCCCAUCAUCCCACUGGUGGCUCGCAUCUCAGACCAGAACGCUUCAGGGGCGCCACCCAUGACUGUGCGGGAGAAAAUCCGGCUAGACAAAUUCAAGCAGCUACUGGCGAGUCCCAACACUGAUCUAGAAGAACUCCGGAAGCACAGCUGGUCAGGAAUACCAAGAGAAGUCCGGCCAAUCACAUGGAGACUUCUCUCUGGCUACCUGCCGGCCAACAAGGAGCGCAGAGAACUGGUGCUCAGCCGGAAGAGAGAAGAAUAUUUUGGGUUCAUAGAGCAGUAUUACCACUCCCGAACAGACGAGCACUAUAAAGACACCUACAGACAGAUCCACAUCGACAUCCCAAGAACCAACCCUCUGAUUCCCUUGUUCCAGCAGCCUGCAGUACAAGAGGUUUUUGAGCGGAUUCUCUUCAUCUGGGCCAUCCGUCAUCCAGCCAGCGGUUACGUCCAGGGCAUCAAUGAUCUGGUCACGCCUUUUUUUGUCGUCUUCUUGUCUGAGUUUGUCACGGAGGACGUGGAGAACUUCGAUGUAGCAGCGCUGCCUCUGCACACCCAGAGAAACAUCGAAGCCGACAGCUUCUGGUGCAUGAGCAAACUGCUCGAUGGCAUACAGGACAACUACACCUUUGCCCAGCCUGGAAUCCAGAACAAGGUGAAGGCUUUGGAGGAGCUGGUCAGCAGAAUAGAUGUGGACAUUCACAAUCAUUUCAAGAGGUACGAAGUAGAGUACCUGCAGUUUGCUUUCCGAUGGAUGAACAAUCUUCUGAUGAGGGAGUUGCCGCUUCGCUGCACCAUUCGUCUGUGGGAUACCUAUCAGGCUGAAGCAGAGGGCUUCUCACACUUCCACCUGUACGUCUGCGCCGCUUUCCUCAUCGAGUGGCGCAAAGAAAUCCUCUCCAUGGUUGACUUUCAGGGCCUCCUCAUGCUUCUGCAGAACCUUCCUACCAUCCACUGGGGAAACGAGGAAGUGGGUCUUCUCCUGGCUGAAGCUUACAGACUCAAGUACAUGUUUGCAGACGCACCAAGUCAUUAUAAGAGAUAGGCCCGAAGCCUCCACGUCAGGGAAGAACCUGCCUGGAUUGAGACUGGACCAGUCUUACUUGAGACGCUCCAGACGUGAGCUGUUGUCUGAGGUAAAGCUAGAAGAUGCUGCUGGACUCGUGUGACCAUGUGUUCAACCACAAGCUCAACUUUAUUCUGUGAAAAUGAAUUCUAGUGAAUAUUUAGUGGAAUUUGGGUUUGCGGUGCACCAGUACAGCUCAGUAAAUCUGGAACUGGUGCAGCAUACUAAAUGCUGAUGUUUUGGUUUUGUCAUUCAGAUUUUUGUUGUCUCAAAAUGAAACGUUCGCUCAGAAGAAGGCGGCUAUAAGGGACUCUGUUUGUCAGGUCAUCCUCCUAUUUAGAGAUAUAUAUAUAAAGAGAGAGAGAUUUUUUCAUUUUAUUAUGUUUUUUUAGUAGUUGUUUUUAGUGGAAAAUAUUUGGUAUAAACCAGGCUACUUUUCUCUUUUAAAGCUUCUUUAUUCAGACGCUGUUAGAGAGAAUCUGCACUCUGAUUCCUCUCUUAGGUAAAGACUUGCUGAGCACAAUCAGCCUCCUGCUUCAGGCACUCAGUUUAAUACAUUUCCAGUACUGACAUUUGUAUUUAGGUGUAAAACCUGAGAGAAGUAAGAAGUAGAUACUAGUUCACAUUUCAGGAUUUGUUUGGAUUAAAAACAAAUAAGCUAAUUUUCAGUUUUCCUUUCUGGUCAUAAAUCAGUUUUUAAAUCUCUGAGAGGUUUUGAGUUUUAGCUCCAAUAUAUGAAUAAUAAUAACAUUAGAUUUAAAGAAUGUUAAAAUGGACUUUUUAUUGUCAGCGUAGCUCAGCUGAAGGUCGGAUUUCAUCUAAACCAGAGUUUUAGUCGCUUCAUCUGAGCUCCGAGCAUCGUAAAUCAACCCUGUGAUGUGGUUUCUGUAAAACUGCCUGAGUAGUGAAAAAUGUUCCAGUUUAGGAGUUUGUUGGUACUGAAGCACAGUUGGUCCCAUGAUGGCUCCGCCCAGCUCACGUCACAUGACAAUGCCUUCACAAUGCACAUGUGCAACGUAGCUCGUUUUUCAGUUGGUAUCAGCUCAGCUCUCAUCUGUCAGUGUGAUGUAAUCCAGGUUUGUUCCAUGUUAAAAUGCUCACGUUCAGACUCAAACACCCUCACUGCCGGCAGCAAGCUGCGCCUUUUCUUCUCACCAUCCUCCAACAGGAAACCCGGAGGUGAACAUGUCGUCCCGCUCAGACCACAGCGGAGAGGCAGUCAGCUGGAAAAAUGGCCUGAUCAGCUUUUUCUCCUUUACCUUGUUGGUAAAACAUCACCUGGUUGGAAAAACCUUUAACCCUUUAUCAGGCACUCAUUGAAAUACUUGGAAAUGUAUAUUUUCAACCAAAGAAAAGAGUGUUAAUAUAAUACUGGAAGAUAUUACAAGGCUAAAAGUUUUCUAAUAUAACUAAAGUUAUGCAGCAGUGAGCGGUCAGUACGAAGAGCUUUCUCUCAUUUUUCUGCUGAGGCUGAUCUCAGUGACGUCUCUGAUGACUGGUGCAGAACUCGGUGUGGUGCUAUGAGUUCAUGGACCAGCAAGCAGAGGCAGAUUGUGUGUCCAAUGAAGCACACAAAUAUGGUUCUUCGCUUAAUUAAAGGGUUAAACUGUGAUGUGGGUUGUUGUAAAAAGGGUAGAUACGUCAGAAAUUGCUGAUAUUUAGUGUAGAGAUUUAAUACAGAUUAUGGCUGCCUUGUAGAUACUUCCAGGUGGAUUUAAGGUAUUAGGAAGAGUCUGAAGCAAAUUUCAGCUGUGUACCACACCAAGUCCUUCUGAAAUGUCAGCUGAGCUACAACCUGAAGUCUGACUGGAAUUAUACUCUGGUUCAGAGAUUCUAAGGAAACUCGCUCGGUCUCAGUGUUUGAUGAUGUUCUGUUCUUCCAUCUUCUGAAUGUUUAAUGAGGGUUACAUACACCUGUAGCCUUAAAACCGUCUUCUUUCAUUCAGGUGAGCCGUGUGAUUGUGUCCCAGCCGUGAUGGUAUUGUUCACUCCAUCUUGUUUUUACGUAGAGGUCAAACGUUUUCAGAAAUGUGACGCAGUGUUGCUUUGCUGUUUCAACAUGAUGCCAAAUCUCCGUUUGUCUGAGAGCUGACUUCAGCCUUAAAUGAAGAAGGAAUAAAUUAUUACAGUACUUGCUGUAUCCUUUUUUAUUUAUAUUAAACGGAUCGUUCUUCUUCA